AUGGCACCCGGCGCACUAGUCUCGGAGCCCCCGUCGGCGAUCAACAUCGCGACGAAGCGGCCCUCCACCACCACCACCCCCUCCAACAACCAAGCCGACCGCUCCAUCUUCCCCGAUGGCAUCCGCACGUCGGGCCAGCACAACCCCAUAUACUCCCUCCUCAGGCCCUAUCAAGACUUUCCCAAAUCCAUCUCGGGCCCCACGGUCUGGCAAAAGGAACAGUUUGAAGCCGACCCAACGUCGUGGACGCACCGCUUCACGCCUUCAGAGAUCGCCGAGCUCGGCGCCACGGCCGACGCCUUCAUCGCCAGCGGCGUCGACCUGACCGGCAUCUCCAAGACCAACUUUCCCCUGCCGACGCUGCAACAAACCCUGGACGCACUACGUGCCGACCUCCUCGAUGGAAAGGGCUUUGUUCUGUUCAAGGGCUUCCCCGCUACUGAAUGGGGACCCCUAAAGACGGCGACGGCGUACAUGGGCCUGGGCACGCACCUGGGGUACUUUGUGUCGCAGAACGGCCGCGGGCACGUGCUGGGCCACGUCAAGGACGUCGGCGACGACGCGGGCCAGAUCCACCGCGUUCGCAUCUACCGCACCGCAGCGAGGCAGUUCUUCCACGCCGACGACGGCGACGUCGUGGGUCUGCUGUGCGUCCACCGAGCCGCGGAGGGCGGCGAGUCGGACCUCGUCAGCGUGCACGCCGUCUGGAACGAGCUGCAACAGAGGCAUCCCGACGUCGCGGAGCUGCUGACCAAGCCGAUUUGGUAUUUUGAUAGGAAGGGAGAGGUGAGUGAGGGUCAGGAGGAGUGGACGAGGCAGCCCGUGUUCUACCUCGAGCCCGGUGGGAAGGGGAGGUUGUACUGCAAGUUUGAUCCCUACUAUGUCCGAAGCUUGACGAGGUUUUCGGACAAGGGAAUCAUCCCGCCGCUGAGCGAGGAGCAGAAGCGCGCGAUUGAAAUUCUGGAGGAGACAUGCCAGCGACUGGCCCUGCACAUGAUCCUGGAGGUUGGAGAUAUUCAAUUCCUGAGCAACGCGCACAUAUUACACGCCAGGACGGCGUACAAAGACUUCCCGCCACCAGCGCCAAGGAGACAUCUUCUCCGUUUGUGGCUGUCCACGCCGGAUAACGAGGGCGGUUGGGUGCUGCCAUUCCCUGAUAGUGGGGAGAAGAAAAGGGGUGGAAUCCAGGUCAACAAUACGCCGCCGCGGUGCCCCCUUGAUGCAGAAUAG